AGGAAAUAUGCCGACUCAGCCUCUCUUAGCAUAUAUGGAUGGGCCAGAUGGUAUAGCCUGUACUGUUGGCUCACGUAUGGAGAACAACGAUGCCACUAUGCUGAUAAAAGGGACCAACACGAUCUCUUACAAACACUUGCAGGAAAAGUUCUUGAUGCAGGGCGAAGGGUGCACGCCUAUGGAUUGCAUGUUUUGCGACCAAACCUUCAAGCACCCCGAGGAUCUCGGCAAGCACGUCUUAACGCAGCACAGGCCAACCCUUUGUGAACCGGCGGUCCUGCGCGUCGAAGCGGAAUACCUCAGCCAUCUUGACAGAGGACAAGCGAAAACGGACUCGCCGUCAUCGGAUGUCAACCAAAAAGAUGACCAGGGCUUCAGCUGUGAAGUCUGUGGGCAGAUGUUUGAGGAGGUGUUUGAUGUCGAGGCCCACAUGAGGAAGCAUAAAGACUCCUUCACUUACUGGUGCAGCGUGUGCGGAAGGAGAUUUAAAGAGCCUUGGUUCCUCAAGAAUCACAUGAGAACGCACACCGGGAAGCCCGGCUCUCGAAGCAAGACCGCGCAAGGUUCCGAGAGCCCGGUCACCAUAAACGAAGUCGUACAAGACCAAGUAUCCGAAAGCAUUACGUCUCCCUAUAAAAUCUGCAUGGUUUGUGGCUUCCUAUUUCAAAACAAGGAGACUCUCAUUGAGCACAGUAAAGUUCAUACCAAAGAUUCCUCAGCCAGCGGUGAUGGCUCACAGGCUGAUGGAGGUGGCCAAGGAAGUCGAUCACCCAGAGAAGAGUUCCUGCAGUUCUUAAACUUAAAACCACGUUUGCCUUCAAGCAACAGCAAACUAGAAAAACCUGGGAAAUGUAUCGCAGAAUUGGAUCCAUUCAGUACAUAUCAGGCAUGGCAAUUGGCCACCAAAGGCAAAAUAGCGAUUGGCCACGGACAAAUAAAAGAACCGGGGCAAGAAGGAAGUACAGACAAUGACGAGUCAUCUUCUGAUAAAGAAGAGCUUGGGGAAAUCUGGCAUGCAAGCAAAGCAAGCCAGGCUGAAAGUGCGGGGAGGACGAAGACAAGCAGAAGUGGAAGUUACGCAGGGCUUGGGAAUGUGCCACAAGACAAAUUCAAAUAUCCUGGCAGCGAAGUGCCUUCUGUAGACAUGGAUCCUAAACUGUCCCAGAACAAAGACAAGCCCACACAUUGUGCGCAGUGUGGCAAAGUAUUUCGAACAUACCACCAGCUAGUCCUUCACUCGAGAGUACACAAGAGAGACCGAAGGAAUGACCCGGAAACCGGUUCCGCCGAAGCGAAGCAACCAAGACCGUGUCUCGCAGAUGUGGUGCCUCUGGAUGAGAACGGAGUAGCCGAGCGGGCAGAGGGUGGCUCCGAAGACGGCUCUGAGGAUGGACUAGCAGAGGCUUUAGAUAAAAAUGGCGAUAGCAUGGAAAGAGCAAAAGUUAAAAACCUCGGGGCCUCCAGAGAAUGCAGCUACUGCGGGAAGUAUUUCCGCUCAAACUAUUACCUCAACAUUCAUCUCAGAACUCACACAGGUGAAAAACCAUACAAAUGUGAAUUUUGUGAGUAUGCAGCAGCCCAGAAGACAUCUCUGCGGUAUCACUUGGAGAGACAUCACAAGGACAAGAAUGCAGAUGUGGCGGCCGAUGUGAAAAACGACCAUAAAGAUUUGUUACCUACUCAGGAGAUGGGCUUCGUACCAAUCCCCAGUGGUGCUUCAGAAACCAAAAAUCUGAAAAGGCUCCUUGAAGAUGCCAAAGAUGCUAGAGGAAGCCCACCUGCAAAGCAGCAGAAGGAGACCCUUCCUUCCUUCCAGAGCGCAUCGAACAGUGUAACUCAGGACACAAGCAAUGGUGCAGGCCGUAGUGGCUUAAAAGAGGGUGCACCUGUGCCCUGCCUUGAAAAGCCGAUAUCUGAAGAGAAAACAGUGGAGCCUCAGGCGAGUAGUUACGUGACUGAUAGGCCUGAGACAAGGAGCUCUGCAUUGCAAGACAGCGUGCUUUAUGCUAGUGCUCCGAAAAGUAGAACAAGCAUGGGUCUUCUGAGAGAUGGCACCGAAGACUCGAAAUGCAAACUUGUAGCUCAAGAGAAGCCGUUAAAUUUAUCCGCUGGAUCGUCCCAAGAUGCUUCAGUGAUCUCUCUCUGUCGAGGAUCUUUAGCAAGCAGCACCUGCCCUUUUUGUACUUACCGGACGUUAUAUCCAGAGGUCCUGAUAAUGCAUCAGCGGCUGACGCACAAAUAUAACCCUGAGACUUCUAAUAAAAAUGGUGUCCGGAACAGGGCGGCUAUUAAGGCUAGACGCACCGGAUGCCCGCCUUUUCUUUUGGGCAAAGAUGUGCUCCCCCUGCCUGUUCACCCUGUGAAAACCAAGGCUUCCCUGCCUGCCCAGUCAAAGUCGUCACAUGUGGAAAAGGUUAAACAGUGUCCCGCCAUGCAGAGCAAAGCACCCGUUCUUUCAGGGCUCGGCUCCAGUAACUCAGCACCGAAUAACUUGAAAUCGUGCAAACUGCAGGCGGUUGGUGUUUCGGUAAAUAGCUUCAGACAUCAUGAAAUGCACCCUGGUCCUAACAGUGUCACGGUACAGGAUAGAGGUAGAAAGCUGGACUCUAAAGCAAGAUGCUUGGCUUCUCAGUUAAGCGUAGCGAGUACUAACAUCAAUGGCUCUCUUGAGUCUUCCGUGAAUGAAAUGUCCUGGCCGAGUAGUCGUGGAAUAGAGUUUCUCAGUAACAGACCCAAAGGGAAUACAAACUUGGAGUUCGAUGGACCCUCCUCUAAAAGAGCAAGACCUAAUCUCUUGGCUCCGGAACAAAUGGACUCUGCCCUGUAUCGGAAAGGAAACGAUUCGGGCAGGAUUCAUAUAGCAGGCAGAUACGCAAACCUGCUACCUCAGGAAUGUGCACACACCAAACCCGCACCCUCUUUCCUGCCUGCCAAGCAAGGGCUCAUGAGCGCUGAAGUAGAUGCUAUAAAUCCUGUGACUAUCCUUAAGCCAUACGAAACUUAUGGUCCUGGCCCAUAUUACAGUUCCUGUGUAUCAAGCAGCGGCCAUCUUCCUAGCUCUUCGAAAGAAGGAAAAAGGCCAGUGUCCUAUCAACACUUUUCCACCAUCAUGCUACAAAAGCGAAGUUAUGAGAGCCUUCUUGGUAAUGCACAUUAUCGGCCGAAUGACAAGAAAACAUGAUUUGGCUUGAAUGAAUGAUAAACGGCUGCAACUUUGGAGUUCUUCUCAGUGCAGUCCUGGAGGAGAAUCGGCGGCGAAAGCUACAGAAUUAAACUGUGAUUGUACUAUGUAUAGAGAGAAAAACACUACAGUGCUGUAAUGGAAGGCGUGAUCCCAUUUGUACCAUGUGGAUGUAAACAUGGCUGUCUGGAAUUGUGUCAGAGAACUGGAAAAUGGGUGUAUCAAUUCUGCUGAUCUUAAAUAAUAUUUUUCUUAGAAUGAUCAUAGACCAAAUAUUCAGCAUAAACUAUAUUUUUGCAUAACUUGAGUGCUGCUGAGGAGAGAUCCACUUUUUUUUGGGGGGGGAAGCUGUGUGUAACCUUUGCACCUCAGGUAAAUUUGCAUUGAGUCUCUCUGGUUUCCAUACUGGGAGGCAUUUUUAAAAAUAAAGGGUAACUGUCAGAUUUUGCUUUGUGCUUUAAACUAUGUAUAUUUUUAAACAGUUUCCAGAUCAAUUAUGUACUUUACGUUCACCUUAUGCACAGUUACAGUACUCCAGAGCAGGUCAGGGAUGUUGACACCAAAUAAGGACGAUACGCUCUUGUUUUACUUCCUCAAACUGAUGUUGAUUCCUGAAUAAUCCGCUCUCAAAAUGAAGUUCAGAGUGCUUUUCUGUAAACUGGGAAGGAGGAUCUCCCCCCCCCCUCCAACUUUUGCCAUCUGGUCUCAGUCCUUUCCUUACAGUGUGAGCUUUGAGGGUGUUCAGUUGAAUGCUCUCUAGCCUCUAGGUGUUCUGGAGAGUUUCACAUGGCACACAUUUAAUUUGUCACCUCUCCCUAAAUAUUCAGCUACCUGCACAUGGCCCACAAGUGUCCUAAAGCUUAUACUGGAAUGUUCAGUGAAAGUUCCUGCUCUACUGAACCUUGUUGAUAGGGGAACCCGUAAAUAUCCGGCAAGCAAACUAAGGGCACAACCCAUUCCCCUUUGCAAGUUGCCCAAAGGGUCAUGCAGCCACCAUCUCUGUUCCUUCCCCAAGCCUGAGUGUGUUUAGCACUGGGCAUACGACCACGCCUUCAGUGGGAGGCACGUGGCCCAACAAACUCCAUUCCUCCUCAAUGUAGGCCGCUCAUCAGAGCAUUCCCAUUGGCAGGUCAGCAAUCAGGACGCUUCAGUUUUGUAUCAGCCCAGACUACUGGCUGGACAGGUGGGAGGGUCUCAUGGUUUCCUGAUGAGAAUCCCAUCCCGCACAUCUGGGUUUGUGAGCUGCACAUAUAAUAAGGGGAUAGGUCCUGCCCCAGAUGAUUUUGAUACCUUUAUCAAAUAUCAGUUACUUGUCAGAGGGGAAAAAAUAACCCUGCUGCGUGUGACUGAAUAUUGAAUAGGAGACUUGACCCCUCCCAGCCAUACUGUUGUGUUUUGAACAACUUGUGUGUGGAAGCUCCUAAUGACAACUUAAAAGAAGUAUUGGGGGGGGGGGGAGAGAUUUUGACUUCCACGUGUCCCAGGACAAAACGGUCUAAAAAAAUAUAUAUAUUUUGCACUGUUUCUUUCCUUUGUAUCAGUUGUAAAAUAGCAAAGCAUAGAUGUCCCUGGAGGUUUGUCCUCUCCCCCCCCCCAAGUAUGCAAUGUGGAGACAUUUUAAAACGUUAUGUCUCACUUCCUGUGUAUUAAGGAAUAUAUAAUUUGAUGUCUCUAUAAAACUGGCAAUGUCAUGAAGUGCUGCGUAUCAGGAAAUUGUACACAGUUUCCCCCCUUUCCUGUUCAUAAGCUGAGCCAUAUGUACAUAAAAAUCUAGAUGUGUUUUCCUAGUUUUGCACUUUUUGUAGCCUAUUUUUCAAAGAUGAAUUCUCAUGGAAGAUGGUUAAAUCUAUUUUUGCCGAUCCUUUGAGGCUUACGUCGAAUGUGUUCUGUAACUUGCCUGUUCUGUUCCUUUUGAAAGUAACGUCUAAAAAAAAUAAUAAAAAUAAAAGACCAGGGUCUGUGUUUAAUUAACAUCACCAAACCAGUUUUUUAAAACAAUCUCCUGUUUGUGUUGGUGCCGUUUUUUCAGAAGCUUUUGGGUGGGUUUUUUUCCCUGGGAAAGGAGCAAAGAAGAAUACAGUCUGUGGCUUCCGAACAUGACUUUGGGACUCUUCUUCCAACUCCUGUUUGGUGUGUGGCGAGAGCCAGUCUGGCAGCAGUUCCUUCUUGCCCUGUAAAAGUAAACGCCCAAAGCUCAGGCUCCUUGUCGUGCCAGCAUUACACCAGAUUCCUAGGGGGGUGAUGCGGUGGGACUGGAGGAGCUAUAGCACGGGCUCCCCUUGUGCAGCCCAACAUUUCUGAUGUUGCUUUCACAGUGCAAGAGGCAGCAAAUCCCACACUGUGCGGGUAACACGCAAAGGGGCCCUUGCCUCCAGCCCCGUGGCCCAUUCCACCUGGACAUUUCUGCAUGGGAUUGCUCUGGCAGUCCAGCGAAAGAGAAUGGGGGAUUUGCUGGGGGAAUGCUUUGAAGGUUGCACCCUUGGUCUCCAGGGUAGGUUUUGCCCAUCAGUAUUAACUAUGGGAUACUACUGGUCCCCCCCCCCCCUUAUUUCCACUGGCAAUAAGUA